AUGCUUCCUCGUACCUGCAUUUUCUUGUACUGUAUCUUCAUCGGCCUCUCUUCUUUUAGCGCAGCCGCUAGUUUAUUAAAUCUCACCCUCCCUCAUCAACAUCCUAACCCUGAAGCUGUUGUUCAAGAAGUACAAAGGAGGGUCAAUGUAUCAAUAUCAAGAAGGCAAAUGUUAUCAGAACAAUCCCAAUGUCUAACCGGCAAUCCAAUAGAUGACUGCUGGCGGUGCGACCCCAACUGGGCUGCCAACCGCCAGCACUUGGCGGAUUGCGCCAUUGGCUUUGGCCAAGGAGCAUUGGGCGGCAAAGGCGGCCAAAUCUACGUAGUCACCGACUCCUCUGACCACGACUCUGCCAACCCAACCCCUGGCACCCUCCGCCACGCCGUCAUCCAAGAUGUCCCCCUAUGGAUAAUUUUUCAAUCCAACAUGGUUAUCAAACUCAAACACGAGCUUAUAAUUAAUAGUUACAAAACCAUUGAUGGCCGUGGUGCAAAUGUGCACAUAACCGGCAAUGGCUGCUUAACUUUGCAGCUUAUCAGCAAUGUGAUCAUUCACAGUGUACACAUUUACAAUUGUUUACCAUCGGGGAAUACAAUCGUAAGGUCAAGUCCUACUCAUGCCGGGUGGAGAGGCAAAUCGGACGGUGAUGGGAUAUCCAUUUCUAGUUCCAGGAAUAUAUGGAUAGAUCACUGUGCUUUGUCACAUUGUACUGAUGGCUUGAUCGAUGCCAUUUUAGGAUCUACUGCCAUUACCAUUUCUAACAGCUAUUUUUCUCACCACGACGAGGUCAUGCUAUUGGGACAUAAUGACAAGUACUUGGCUGAUUCAGGAAUGCAGGUUACAAUAGCCUUCAACCAUUUUGGGGAAGGGCUGGUGCAGAGGAUGCCAAGGUGCAGGAGAGGGUAUAUACAUGUGGUGAAUAAUGAUUUUACUAAAUGGGAGAUGUAUGCAAUUGGUGGAAGUGCAAAUCCUACAAUUAACAGUCAAGGCAAUCGCUAUACUGCACCAGUCGACCCAAAUGCUAAGGAGGUGACCAAGCGCGUGGACACAGACGAGGGGGAAUGGAAUGGCUGGAAUUGGAGGACGGAAGGGGACAUGCUGGUAAAUGGGGCAUUCUUUGUGCCAUCUGGAGAAGGCCUCAGCACUCAAUAUGCCAAGGCCUCCAGCGUCGAGCCCAGGUCCGCCGGACUGAUCGACCUUCUCACCAUGAAUGCUGGUGUCAUUGGUGGUCCAAGGGACAACAGCAUCAGCAUAUCAUAUGGUGGUGGGGCCGCCACCGGUGCAACCGCAGGAGGCGGUGGGGGGUCCAGUGGUAGAGACGAUGACUUUUUUGGAAUGAUAUUCGGAAGCGGCGCAGCCCCAACAAAAUCAUCUCCAUCCGCCAUCAUGCUUUUGUCUCUUCUAAUUAUUCUAAGUUUGUAUAUUAUGACCAACCAUAUUGGUUCAUUAUCAUUAUUAUAG